ACCAAGUCUCUGAGGCUUUCCCUGUGUGUUUGUUUUAUUUAAAUUAUUUUUCCCAUUCCCUCGGAUCUCGCAUCCCCCGUCGCCGGGCGGGCGAGAGAGAUGCCCUGCGGAGGGCGGGAUGUUGGUCACCUUGGUGCUGUGGUGCUGCCCGGGUAGGGGGAGGGCGCACCGAGAGUACUUAGCCGGGGCACGUCGCCAACCCGCGCCAGUGUCUGCCCGACCACGGUCCACCGCACCCCAGCAGCCAUGAGGACUCAGACAACUACUUUUUUGGUGCUCGUGAUGGUGGCCAUGGUGGCCUCUCAGGCCGUCAUCACCGACUUCAACGAAUACCAGCGCAAGAAGGCUGAGUACGACGCACAGAAGAAGAUCUACGACGAGUUCCAGUCCCUCAAGUCCGUCCCCUUCCUCGCCAGCACCGACCUGAUCGCCAAGAAGCCCGUCGCAGAUUCCGCUCCUGGCACGGCAGAGCAGCUGCUGCCCAACUACGACGGCAAGAAGAUCACCUUCCGACAGGACGGCGCUCCGUCCACGGUGGAGCCCGGCAACACUCCGCAGAACUACUUCCACAAGGGCCCCAUCCCGGCCAAGAAGUCCAAGCCCGAGCCGCCGCCCAAGCCCUUCAUCGUCCCCACCGGCCCGGGCGGCUUCUUCAGCGUGGCGGCCGACGACAGCUCCACCAUCACGACGGGCGUCGAGGGGUCCGCGGGCACCGCCCCCGAGCUGACACGUGCUGCCCCAGUUGACGCCCCCGCUGCCGCCCCCGCUGCCAUCCCAGAGGUCACCCCCGAGGCCGCCCUCACCUCAGCGGGCCAGGCUCUCGCCUUCGAGUCAGCCGCCCCACCAGCGACGUCCUUCGGUGCCCAGGCGGCAGCACCACCCCCGGCCUCGCCCACGGCCUCACUCUCCGAGCUGACGGGCACCCGCGCCAUCCCGCUGCGCCCCCUCAGCCCCCAGUUCCUGUUCCCGCCCGCGCUGCCGCACUCCGACUUCCACCCCGGGCCAGCGCGCGCCAUCGUCGAGGCCAGCCCCGUCCCCGCGGCUGCGUUCGCCCCCGCGGCUGCGUUCGCCCCCGCGGCCGCGUUCGCCCCCGCGGCCGCGUUCGCCCCUGCGGCCACACCGGUUGCCGUGUUUUCCACAGCAUCUCUGCCCGCUCCCGCCCCCGUGGCUGUGCGCGUGACCGCCCCCGCCGCCCUGCCCCCCCUCGCGCCCGCCCCCGCGCCUCUGCCACUUCCCGCGAUGGCGCCGGCGGCGGCUACGCGCUUCUACCGCCCCGCCGAGAGGUACGGCCCACCCAGUUUCUUCGCGUAGAUACUCGCUUCGACCACUCGAUCACCAUCCCUUCAUCCCUUUCAUCGUGGUUCGGAGAAGUAUACUUCUCAUGCUGUAGCAUGAACGCGUCAUGACUAGCCACCUUCAUCGUCAUACAUUGUCACCCACCUGAUAAGUUAUUUUCUUCAUGUAACUAUUUAUACAAAAAAAUGUGUCUAUUGUGAAUCAUAUCAGUAUUUUUGAGGUCGUUUUGUGUGAAUUUACCAUAUCUACACAACACACAGUGUGAUAAAGACCUACAAGAAAAAUGAAAAGGGUAGAAAUAAAAUAAUCUUUUAAUGACAUGUGA